AUGGGAAGGGGAAGGGUUCAGCUACGGCGGAUCGAGAACAAGAUAAGGAGACAAGUGACAUUUUCGAAGCGAAGGACGGGUUUGGUGAAGAAAGCUCAAGAGAUCUCUGUGUUAUGUGAUGCUGACGUUGCUUUGAUCGUCUUCUCCCCCAAAGGCAAGCUCUUUGAGUACUCUGCUGGUUCCAGAUUGUGGAAAAGUGGUAGGUUUCACCUAGUAGAGAUUUAUGUGAAAUUGGCUGAGAUCUUUUGA